CCCGAACAUCGUUCCUAUUGUCCUUGACCUCGUACCGUCACCGUCAGCGCCAUCCGUGCAUCUCCUCGUCUCGCCGCCGUCCCCGCGCCCGCAGAAUAACCAGAUUUGUACCAGCGGCGAGCGCCACAGCCCUACCGCCGAACCGUCGCAUCGUACACAUAAAAGUAGACGAGGGCGUUGCAGUCAAAGCAAGGAAGGAGAGCUUCGGCUAGAUACCCAGAUCUCGACUGGCUCUUUAGCCUGCCGCCGAGCACCGCGUUCACCUCGACCCCGCCCCGCCCUCUUGCUCGCCGUCGCAGCGACCGUAGGCUAGGACGAUUGUCAAGCGACCAACAUAUCCCAAGCGUCGGCCUGAACACUGCUCUGGGACCGAGACAUACAAUAAGGCACUGCUCAAGCAUACCCCGCCCGCCACACACGCGACCGAACCCCGCUCCGCGCUCCUCCCCCGGAGUUAUAGGACAUCCAUCUUGAAUUACCGCUGGCCACCCCUCGUAACGAAGAGAUCUUGCUGCGAUGGACACCACGGACACCACGAUAGACCAUCGUCUGGCGAACUUUGACGUUGGCGCAAACUACCAGGUCCUCGACGUGAUCGGCGAGGGCGCCUACGGAGUCGUCGUCUCGGCCCUACACACGCCUUCCUCCCGCAAAGUCGCGAUCAAGCGCAUCACGCCCUUCGACCACACCAUGUUCUCCCUCCGCACCCUGCGCGAGAUCCGGCUCCUCCGCCAUUUCCGGCACGAGAACAUCAUCGCCAUCCUCGACAUCCUCCGCCCGCCCUCGUAUGCCGACUUCAAGGAGGUCUAUCUCGUCCAAGAGCUGAUGGAGACCGACCUCCACCGCGUCAUCCGCACGCAAGAGCUCUCGGACGAUCAUUGUCAGUACUUCAUCUACCAGACGCUACGGGCGCUGAAAGCGCUUCACUCCGCCGACGUUCUCCACCGAGACCUCAAGCCGUCCAACCUCCUGCUCAACGCCAACUGUGACCUCAAGCUAUGUGACUUCGGGCUCGCUCGCUCCGCCAAACCACCUCCAAACGUGGCCAACGACUCGUCGACGUUCCUUACGGAAUACGUUGCUACCCGGUGGUACCGCGCGCCAGAGGUGAUGCUCACCUUUAAAGAAUAUACGCGCGCGAUCGACAUCUGGUCCGUGGGCUGCGUCCUCGCCGAGAUGCUCUCGGGUCAACCAUUAUUCCCCGGCCGUGACUAUCACCACCAGCUGUCGCUCAUCCUCGACGUGCUCGGCACGCCCUCGAUCGACGACUUCUACGCGAUCACCUCGCCCCGUUCGCGCGAGUACAUCCGCGCGCUGCCCUUCCGGAAGAAAAAGCCGUUCAGCCAGAUAUUUCCCAAGGCGAACCCGCUCGCGGUCGACCUACUCGACAAAUGCCUCACCUUCAGCCCCAAGACGCGGAUCGACGUCGCCGGCGCGCUCGCGCACCCUUAUCUCGCCCCGUAUCACGACCCCGCGGACGAGCCGACGGCGGAGCCGCUCGACCCGAGCUUCUUCGACUUCGACACGGGCGAGCCGCUGGGCAAGGAGCGGCUGAAAGAAUUGAUAUACGAGGAGGUGAUGAACACGCAUCCGCAUCCGCCGCCGGCGGUUACCGGGGAGGAUGCGCCAGAGGUGGCGAUGUCGUGAGGGGGGAUCAGUGUUCUGCAGUCAUUUACUUUCUCUUCCUAUCCAUUCACGAGAACAAAAGCGGCUUUCGGUAACCUCGAUAUAUUAUCAUCUCCCUUGGUUUUCUUUCGCAUCUAAUUACCCCUUUCUUUAUCGUAAUAUUCCGAAGACGGACAUGGUGG